AUGGCCCGGGGACCCUGGGGCGUCGGCAUCCCGCUAGGCCGCCUGCUGCUGCUGCUGCUGCUGCUGCUGCUCAGCUUAGCCCGAGGCGCGCCCGGACCGUGGAGCCAGGACGAUUUCCAUUUGGAUAUCUGUGCCACUUGCCAUGAACAUGCUACCUGCUUGAAAAGAGAACGGAUGAGCAUCUGUAUCUGCAAAUACGGAUUUGUGGGCAAUGGGAGGACUCAUUGUAUUGAUAAAGAUGAGUGCCAGUUUGGAGCCAGUGUGGUCUGUGGGAACCAUACAUCUUGCCACAACACACCCGGAGGCUUUUAUUGCAUUUGCCUGGAAGGAUAUCGAGCCACAAACAACAACAAGACAUUCAUCCCCAAUGACGGCACCUAUUGCACAGACAUAGAUGAGUGUGAGGUUUCCAGCCGAUGCAGGCAUGGUGGACGGUGUGUGAACACUCGUGGGAGCUAUGAAUGCUACUGUAUGGAUGGAUACUUGCCAAAAGGUGGACCUGUGCCUUUCCAUCCGACCAGAGAUGCCACGUCAUGCACAGAAAUAGACUGUGGGACCCCUCCUGAGAUUCCAGGUGGCUAUAUCAUAGGAAAUUAUACCUCUAGGCUUGGCAGUCAGGUUCAUUAUGCUUGCAAAGAAGGAUUCUUCAGUGACUCAGAAGAUACAGUUUCCAGCUGCACACCCAUGGGCACAUGGGACUCCCCCAAAUUAAACUGCCAAGAGAUUGACUGUGGCCGCCCUCCAGAAGUGCAGCACGCGAUCCUAGAGGGGAAUCACAGCUCCAGACUGGGCAGUGUGGCUCACUAUGUCUGUCUAGAGGGCUUUGAGAGCCCUGGAGGAAAGAUCACUUCCAUUUGCACAGAGAAGGGCACCUGGAGAGCAAGUGCUUCGUCAUGCUCAGAAAUAAUUGUGGAAAUUAAUGAGGUGUCGGUGUUUAAUAACACCUGUGUGAGGUGGCAAAGAAACCCAGGAAGAAUAAACUCCAAGAUCGAAUAUGUGAUACACAUAAAAGGACAGCGGUUGGACCCCCUGGAAUCAGUUCAUGAGGAGACCGUUAAUUUGACCAUAGAGAGCAGGACCCCAGAAGUCUGCCUAGACCUGUACCAGAGCACCAACUACACCGUGAACAUUUCUACAGCCCCUCCCCGACGCUCCGUGCCAGCCGUCAUUGAGUUCCAGACAGCUGGUGAUGAACUCUUAGAAGAUGAUGGGAUUUUCAAUAUUUCAAUAUUUAAUGAAGUUUGCUUGAAAUUGAACAGGCAUUCUAGGAAAGUUGGAUCAGAACAAGUGUAUCAAUUUAAAGUUCUAGGUCGAAGGCGGUAUCUGAAUACUUUUUAUCAUGCAACAUCGUUUAACUUUACGACGAGGGAACAGACAGCAGUGGUGUGCUUAGAUCUGUAUCCAGCAACUGACUACACGGUGAAUGUCACUCUACUGGGAUCUCCGGAGUGGCCGUCAGUACAAACAACAGUAACCACCGCACCAGCAGUACAACAAACCAUCAGAAACAUUUCAAUAUUUAAUGAAACCUGCUUGAGAUGGAGAAGUAUGAAGACAGCUGAUAUAGAGGAGAUGUAUUUAGUCCACAUUUGGGGCCAGAGAUGGUAUCAGAAAGGAUUUGCCCAGGAAAUGAUCUUUAAUAUCACUGCCAGCAGUCAGACUCCUGAGACGUGUUUGGACCUGAGUCCAGGUACCAACUAUAGUGUCAGCAUCCAGGCUUUGUCUUCUGAACUUCCUGUGGUCAUCUCCCUGACAACCCAGAUAACAGAGCCUCCCCUUCCGGAAGUAGACUUUUUCACUGUGCAUGGAGGGCCUCUCCCACGCUUGCGACUGAGGAAAGCCACAGAGAAAAAUGGACCCAUCAGUUCAUAUCAGGUGUUAGUGCUUCCCUUGGCCCUCCAAAGCACAUUUGCUUGUGAUUCUGAAGAGGCUGCUUCAUUCUUUAGCAAAGCUUCUGAGGCCAGUGGAUACGUGACGGCAGAACUGCUGGCCAAGGAUAUUCCCGAUGAUGCCCUGGAGAUAUCUAUUGGAGACAGGCUGUACUAUGGGAAAUAUUAUAAUGCACCCUUGAAAACAGGGCACGAUUACUGCAUUAUAUUACGAAUCACAAGUGAAUGGAAUGAGGUGAGAAGAAGUGCCUGUGCAGUCUGGGCUCAUGUAAAAGGUAAAACCGUUUUCUGUCCUCAUUUCUCCUCUGUUUACUCGGCAGCAUGA